AUCAUAGACCUUGAUACCCAAGUCAGGAGACUCGUUUAUCCAAAUUAAAUUCUCCAGUUUUUUGUUUUCCCUUUCAAUGAUAUUUUUAUAUUAUGCAAUUAUGUGCGUGUUGUUGUCUGUAUAUAUAGCUCGGAAUUCACCCGACAGGAUAUGUAUGUGUGUGUAUGUGGUCAAGUUCCAUAAACAGAGACCGACAGAGAGAAAAUGAGUUUUCUUGCAGGGAGGCUAGCGGGAAAAGAAGCUGCCUACUUUUUCCAGGAAUCCAAACACGCCGUUAACCGUCUCGCCGAGAAAUCUCCGGCCGCCGUCAAGAAACUUCCACCUUCUCCGGCGGAGCCGUCGGGUGUCCAGACGGACGUGCUUCCGGAGGUUCUGCGCCAUUCUCUCCCUCCUAAAAUCUUCGGCCCUCCUCCCGAUCCUUCGUCUCUCUCCAAAUCCUCCAAAUGGGCUCUCCAGUCCGACCCAAACGCCGCCGUUUCGGUCUCCUCCGACGCCUUGAACCCUCUCAGAAAUUAUCUGUCCCUGCCUCAGGUCACAUUUGGCCCCAAAAGAUGGGAGUUGCCUGAUUCGGAGAAUUCGGUUGUAGCGUCAACAGCUAAUGAAAUGAGGAAAGACAGAUACACUACUCAUGCAAAUCCUGAGAAACUGAAAGCUGCAGCAGAAGGGCUUAAAUACGUUGGGAAAGCAUUUGCAGUUGCAACUAUUACCGUCUUUGGAGGAGCCUCGUUAGUGUUUGGAAUGGCAGCCUCGAAACUAGGCAUGCAAAACAGCGAUGACAUAAGAACGAAAAGCAAAGAUUUGGUUCAACCAAAGCUCGAGAAUAUAAGAGAGCAACUGAUGCCCCUUAGAACUUGGGCAGAAAACAUGUCAAAGAAGUGGCGCGUGGAUAACAGCGGGUACAUAAAGGAGAAACCGAUCGUGAAGGAGCUUUCCAAAACUCUUGGAACCAAAUCUUGACGACAGUAUGUGUCAGAGAAAUGCAUCCUUUGGAUGUACGGAAUUGAAGAAGAAAGAUAAACUGGACCGACAUAUGUAAUAUACAUGGUUGAAUAAGGUAUAUGAUGUAUGUGAUCAUCAGAUUGAUCUUCAAGUUUCAAUGUUAAUGUGAAUAACGUGAGUUAUGCAUAUGUAUUGCCCUUUUUAAUACACUACCAGAACCCCAAGUGGCAUUGUCUCCCUCUAUUUUCUACGUUCAUAUGUUAACAUAAUACAAGUUGGCUAAUCAGUAUUU